GGUGGUCCAGGAGGAAGUCUUGGUGGUGGAUAUGGAGGAAUUGGUGGAGGACUUGGUGGUGGAUACGGAGGAAUUGGCGGAGGUCUUGUAGGAGGAUAUGGAGGAGUCGGGUCCGGGUCUGGAAGUUGGGGAUCAGGCGCAGAAAGCCAGCCCAGACCUUAUUCCACAGGAUUCCAGGCACCCGAUGGACAAGGAGGGGGUUCUUUCAGAACAGAGCAAGGAGAUGCUAGCGGCAAUGUCAGGGGCAGUUACGGAUACAGAGAUGCCCAGGGGCUUUACCGAAUGGUUGAAUAUUCAGCCGGACCUGCCGGAUUUACUGCAACCGUCAACACCAAUGAGCCAGGAGUCGAUGGAAAAGAAAACCCCGCUGAUGUCAUCAUGAAUGUUGAGAAGACACCCGCUGGAAUCCAGGAACGAUACACAAGACCCGCAGGAUCUGGAUCUGGUGGACGAGGUGGUUAUGGAGCAGGGUCUGCUGGAGGAUACGGAGGUGGCUCAGCUGGAUAUGGAGGUGGUGCAGGUGGAUAUGGAGCUGGAGGUUAUGGAGGAGCUGGUGGCUUUGGAGGCAUGGGAGGAUUUGGUGGUGGAAUCAGUGGAGGUUUUUCAUCUGGAUCCUACUCCCGAGGAGGAAUGGGUGUUCGAAGUGGAAAAAGUGGUUAUUAAUCAUCAUCAAAACUUUCUUACGUGAAAUUUGAUCUGUGAUUUUUGGAUGGGAA